GGGAGUUUGUCUCUCCGAGCGCACAGUUCACACUUGGUCCUCACCGCGCGCGCACUAGCAGCUCCCAUUGUUUUUUUGGGGAGGGAAGGAACGCCUUUGCAUUUCCUCUCUGUUGUUGUUGUUGUUGUUGUUGUUCAAGGAAAAAGCCCGAGCUGAGGAUGAAACUGAUCCUGUUCUUCGUAGUCUCCUGCCUCGCCUUUCAAAAAGGAAACGGUGCACCUAGGAAUGCAGUGUAUAAGUUUGUGAAAUGUAACCCUGAGGGCAGCCAGGCCAACUGUGUGACCCAAAAAAGUCCACCAAUGCCAUGGAGUCCAGACCUACCCACCAAACUGCCUGCUUCAACUGGACAGUAUAUGGAGGCUGAGCCUGAGGAGGAUGAGAAUCCACUGUGGGAGGGAGAAGUGGAUUUUGUGAUGGAUGAGGACGUAAAGCCCAACGGAAGUGAAGACGGCGAGUUACCUGUCAAGGCUGGGGAGGGUUCUGGAGGAUUUGAAGGCUCUGCAGACGGACUCGUGGAAGACUGGGCAACGGGUGAGACCGGCUCCGGAGAGUCCUGGGCAGAGAAAGAUGGGAAACAAUACAAAGGUGACUUUUUUGUUGGGGGUAUGACAGGCAUGAGGCGGUUGCUCCCAAGCAAGUCUGUGAUUGCUGAGGCAAAACCAGCGGAGCAUGAGAUGAGAGAAGACCACCUUCUGCAGCUGUAGAACUUGUGCACCCACCAGCUCUAAGAACCACACACAAGCCUAGCAUCUGUUUUUAUUUCACAUUGUUUAUUCAAAUGGUAAAUUGUAAACCUAGUUUUGCAACACCACCUGGUGGUCUAAAAACACAGUUGCCCAGAGAUUGACAAAUGCCUAAUAUAUUUUAUAUUCUCAGUGUUAUUUGAGGGGCAGAAAUAAUAACUGUAAACAAUCAAAAGUAUCUGCCAAAGUUAAAGAACAAUCUGCAUAAACAAGAAACUUGCAUACUUUUUCAACCUGUACUUGCGCUUUCUUGGGGAAACUUUGUGUAAGUUGCAGUGUGCUUUUUUUGUUGUCAAAUUUAUAAUAAUUGUAAUACCAGUGCAAUAAAAUGGCACAUUCGUCCAUGCACUGCUCAUGCUGUGCUGCUUAACAGCUGUGGUUUGGAUUAUGUUCCUUUUAUAACACAAAAAACAAACAUUUGUUGAUGUUAUUAGAUCCCUUUGUCUCAAAUAUUGUGAAAAUGUAUACAUACAAAGGAGUAUCAUGCAACAUAUUUGGGGAAUUUUGAAAAAUAUGUCAUUCAAAAGAGAAUUUUGCAAACCCCUCAGGAAUAAAUUUGUGUAAUCUUAAUCACUGUGAUCUGAUUCAUAUUGAAAUGAUAUAUUGUGUACAUGCAUGCAUUUCAACAUGCUGAGCAUUGACUUUUUUGUAUUUGAAACAAAAUAAAGGAUUUAUAACAACA